CUCCCGCACCUCUGCAGCCGAGAAGGAGAUGGGAGGAGCAGGACAAAGGGAGCAGCAAUCCCGAGCUCAUCAGGGACUUGGGGAUCACCGUAGUGGAGUCACUGGUGCCCACACAUACUUCUAUGCCGAUGAGGCCAAGUGUGAUCAGCACAUGGAGACUUUCCUCCACUGCAUUGAUGCCUCAAGUGGCAGCUCUGUGGAUGGUUUCUCUGCCAUCAAGCUGACAGCACUGGCCAGACCUCAGUUCCUGGUGAGGUUCUCUGAGGUGCUGGUGAAGUGGAAGAGGUUCUUCCACCAAAUGGCUGCAGAGCAGGGCCAGGCUGGGCGGGCAGUGCUGGACAUGAAGCUGGAGGUGGAGAAGCUGCAGGAGGCCCUGGCCAACCUCGGUGUGGUGACCAAGACAGAGAGCCAGCAGUGGUUCAUGGGCGAGAACCUGGGCACGAGUGGCACUGUGGACCUGCUGGACUGGAACAGCCUGAUCAACAGCUGCACCAAGCUCUCCAAGCCUCUGCUCAUCCCCAACAGGCAGACUGGGCAGCUUGAGCCUCUGCUCUCACGCUUCAGUGAGGAGGAGGAGCAGCAGCUGAAGCGAGUGAUGCAGCGCAUGGAUGUCCUCGCCAAGAGAGCCAUGGAGAAGGGGGUGAGGCUGAUGGUGGAUGCAGAGCAGAGCUACUUCCAGCCUGCCAUCAGCCACCUGACCGUGGAGACACAGCGGCGCUUCAACAGGAACCAGCCCAUCAUCUUCAACACCUACCAGUGCUACCUGAAGGAGGCUUAUGACAAUGUGACAGUAGAUGUGGAGCUGUCACGCAGGGAGGAUUGGCACUUUGGCACCAAGCUGGUCCGUGGUGCCUACAUGGAGCAGGAGCGGGAGAGGGCGGCUCAGAUGGGCUAUGAGGAUCCCAUCAACCCAACCUAUGAGAAGACCAACGAAAUGUACCACAGGUGCCUGGACUAUGUCCUGGAGGAGAUCAAGCACAGCCACAAAGCCAGUGUGAUGGUGGCAUCCCACAAUGAGGACACGGUGAAAUUCACUCUGCGCAGGAUGAUGGAGCUUGGGAUCCAUCCCUCAGAGAAGAAGGUGUGCUUUGGUCAGCUGUUGGGCAUGUGUGACCAGAUCACCUUCCCCCUGG